ACCUCAGAAACGAAUUGAACCGCCAUGAUGGAGGUUCCCUGCAAAAUUUUAGCAGUUUGUCUGCUGCUCGUCGGUGCUCAGGCGUUUGCGGCAGCUGAAGCAGACAGGAGUUCCAAGGAGCUUACCUGGCAGUCCCUGUUCUACGAUGCCGUGACUGGAAAGCUGCAGGAGCCGCUGGCCGAAGACCUCAUCGAAUUUGAAGAGUGCACUGCCCUUUACACUGUGGACAACAUAGAGAUCCUGCUGAAGGCUGGCUACAAGAUUCGUCGUUGCGGCAAAGUGCAAUCUAAGGAUAUUGAUAGAUAUUUGGAACGCCAGGAUGCCGUCUACACGAAACGCAAUUUCGAAAGGGAGUUGGUUACGUGCGCACUUCGCGAAUCGCAUCAUGACAACCGGCAAUGCUACGUGGAUACCGUUCUGAAUCUCUUCAGCUCAGUGCGUCCUUACCGCUACGAUCGUCGCCGUUACAGUGCCUGCAUUUUCCGUGAAGUAGAAAAGGCAGUGAUCAAGCUGAAUGCAGCUUCCAUCGCCCUGGCCAAUUGCAUCGCCCAGAGUCAGCCACAACCACUACCGCCCCAGAACAGCACUUUGCCACCACCGCCUCAAAACUCCACUACUGAAGGUCCAUGGUGGGGAAACACUACCACUCAAGGUCCAUGGUGGGGAAACACCACUACUCAAGGUCCAUGGUGGGGAAAUACUACUACUCAAGGUCCAUGGUGGGGAAACACUACCACUCAAGGUCCAUGGUGGGGAAACACCACUACUCAAGGUCCAUGGUGGGGAAACACCACUACUCAAGGUCCAUGGUGGGGAAACACCACUACUCAAGGUCCAUGGUGGGGAAACACCACUACUCAAGGUCCAUGGUGGGGAAACACCACUACUCAAGGCCCAUGGUGGGGAAACACUACCACUCAAGGUCCAUGGUGGGGAAACACCACUACUCAAGGUCCAUGGUGGGGAAAUACUACUACUCAAGGUCCAUGGUGGGGAAACACUACCACUCAAGGUCCAUGGUGGGGAAACACCACUACUCAAGGUCCAUGGUGGGGAAACACCACUACUGAAGGUCCAUGGUGGGGAAACAAUUCAACGGAAGGUCCUUGGUGGGGCAAUAACUCUACUCAAGGCCCAUGGUGGGGAAACAAUUCUACGGAAGGUCCAUGGUGGGGUAAUAACUCUACUCAAGGCCCAUGGUGGGGAAACACCACUACUCAAGGUCCAUGGUGGGGAAAUACUACUACUCAAGGUCCAUGGUGGGGAAACACUACCACUCAAGGUCCAUGGUGGGGAAACACGACUACUCAAGGUCCAUGGUGGGGAAACACCACUACUCAAGGCCCAUGGUGGGGAAACACUACCACUCAAGGUCCAUGGUGGGGAAACACAACUACUCAAGGUCCAUGGUGGGGAAACACAACUACUCAAGGUCCAUGGUGGGGAAACACCACCACUCAAGGUCCAUGGUGGGGAAACACCACUACUCAAGGUCCAUGGUGGGGAAACACCACUACUCAAGGUCCAUGGUGGGGAAACACCACCACUCAAGGUCCAUGGUGGGGAAACAACUCAACGGAAGGUCCUUGGUGGGGCAAUAACUCUACUCAAGGCCCAUGGUGGGGAAAUAACUCUACUCAAGGACCAUGGUGGGGAAACAACUCCACUGAAGGUCCAUGGUGGGGAAACACCACUCAGACUCCACCGAUCUGGAACAGCACCACUCUUGGCCCCAACUUCAACUCCACUCAAGGUCCAUGGCUCGGCAACUCAACCCAGGGACCCGUGAACACCACGGCAGCUCCUUGGUGGAACAACACCACUGCCAGUUGGAACACUACCACCGAGGGAAAUUGGUUCGAUCACCUGCUGAACGAGAUUGGAAACCUCUUCUAGACUUAAAAUGUCGCGAAAAGCAAACCUCAAAUAUUAGGGGAUAUGGUCAGUGGACUAAGCUUUAGGCCAGCAAAUAAAUAAACUUAUCAGCAUUG